GGGUUGUUCUAGAAGAGAAGAAGCCAUGGCGUUAUCCUUUAUCCUCAGAGGGCACACAUUUCCAAGCAACCGCCUCUCCGGAUCUCUAUAUUUUGCGCCGAAUGGCCGCCAAUUCCCAUUUCAUAUUCUUCUCUGCUCAAUCUCAACCCUCCGGUACCCACACUCAUGGAGAAGGCGAUCAACAGGCAGAGGAUUUUGCUCCAUCAUCUCCAACCUUCUUCUUCCUCACCUUACGACCAUGAAUCUUCGCUCUCUGCGUCGGUUUGUGCGGCUGGGGACAGUGCGUCGUAUCAGAGAACGUCGGUGUUUGGAGAUGACGUCGUGAUUGUUGCUGCAUAUCGUACUGCCCUUUGCAAAUCGAAGCGUGGUGGCUUUAAGGAUACUUAUGCCGAUGAUCUGCUCGCCCCUGUUUUGAAGGCAUUGAUAGAGAAAACUAAUCUGAAUCCAAGUGAAGUUGGGGACAUCGUUGUGGGUUCUGUGCUGGCCCCAGGUUCUCAGAGAGCUAGUGAAUGUAGGAUGGCUGCUUUUUACGCCGGCUUCCCUGAAACUGUGCCCAUUAGAACUGUUAAUAGGCAAUGUUCAUCUGGGCUUCAGGCCGUGGCCGAUGUAGCAGCAGCCAUAAGAGCAGGGUUUUAUGAUAUUGGGAUUGGAGCUGGGUUGGAGUCGAUGACUGUUAAUCCAAUGGCAUGGGAAGGAUCUGUCAACCCAAGAGCAAAAUCAUUGGAACAUGCACAAAACUGCCUUCUUCCUAUGGGGGUAACCUCAGAAAAUGUUGCCCAACGUUUCGGGGUGUCAAGGGAGAAGCAAGAUCAGGCUGCAGUUGAGUCUCACAGGAAGGCUGCAGCUGCUACUGCUAGUGGUAAAUUUAAGGAUGAAAUUAUCCCUGUUUCUACUAAGAUUAUUGAUCCAAAAACUGGUGAAGAGAAAGCUGUUACGAUCUCCGUUGAUGAUGGGAUUCGACCGAACACAACCCAAGCAGAUCUUGGGAAGUUAAAGCCUGUGUUUAAGAAAGAUGGGAGCACCACUGCAGGUAAUUCUAGCCAGGUGAGCGAUGGUGCUGGAGCUGUUCUCCUCAUGAAGAGAAGUGUUGCACUGCAGAAAGGGCUUCCUAUUCUUGGCGUCUUCAGAACUUUUGCUGCUGUGGGUGUGGAUCCAGCUAUCAUGGGCGUCGGCCCGGCUGUGGCAAUUCCAGCCGCUGUCAAGGCUGCUGGACUUGAACUUAGUGACAUUGAUCUGUUCGAGAUAAAUGAGGCAUUUGCAUCCCAAUUCGUGUACUGUCGUAACAAGCUGGGGCUUGAUCCAGAAAAGAUUAAUGUUAAUGGAGGAGCAAUUGCCAUUGGACAUCCAUUGGGCGCAACAGGUGCCCGCUGCGUUGCUACACUGUUGCACGAGAUGAAACGCCGCGGUAAAGAUUGCCGUUUCGGGGUGAUAUCAAUGUGCAUAGGCACCGGAAUGGGGGCUGCAGCUGUGUUUGAGAGGGGUUAUUGUGUGGAUGAGCUUUGCAAUGCCAAGAAAGUUGAAGGAAUGAAUCUGCUGUCCAAGGAUGCUCGUUAGAACAAAACUUCACACCUCUUUCAGUAGUGAGAGACAAGGAAUUAAUAAAGGCUUCAGUUGUGGAAAUUUGAUUUAUUUUCUUUGGUUCCAAUUUCACCCUCAAGUUCUAUUCUAGUUAGUGUCUGUUGAUUUGUUCUCAAAACAAGCAUUAAUUUAAUCUCAUGGAGUGUUGAAAAUAAGAUUAAAAUGAAAACAACUUUAAUUCUUCUGCUCCUA